UUCCCAGCGGAAGUCAUACAGCCCGUAAGUGUGGACAGAUGUGCUUACACACUGCUGAAACAAUGUGACAAUAUGCCUCCUAGAUCACCUCUCAAUGCGUACAAGUGUGCCUGCACUGUUCACUUGUGAUUGGAUUACCCAUGGCACAUGUUAAUGCCAGGUGUAAACAUGCCAUUGAUGCAGCUUCUUCCUUGGCCCGGUUAAAUAAUUUAAACAGUGUUAAUUUGUCUCACAGACAGAAUGAUCAACCCGAGCUGUUGUCGCUUUUUUCAUCCUCUGGCUCCAGUAGAGAAGAAGCCAAUGUAGGUGAAGGGCUUCCAGUCAGACAUUUCAUUGGCAUGAAUGUCAGCCAGUGCAUUUACCUUUAAUGAAUAAAUGAGCUCUCAUGAAUAGCGUGUGCUGUGCCACACUGUACUGUGACAGUGUCUGGGAAAAGUAAGCCGGAGCCAAUCACGUGAAGAAGCAUGUGAGAAAUGUGACUAAAGGUUGGCGGUAACACGGUCCUGACAGGUCAAUAAAUCACACGCUGAACAGGCUGGCGAUUUUCACGCUCUCCCAUCACGCCACGUAUCCAGCGAGGACAAGAAAUGAAUGAUACACAAAUCAGAAUAUUAAAUCUAAAGGAUUUGUCGGGGAAAGUAGGUCAGUUCACACUCAGAAUGUACAUCCAUGGAAACAGACUUUGACAGCUCAGGUUUUGAAGAUAUUUAAAAAGAGAUCCAGCUCUCCAGAUAGACCUCUGUCUUGUCGUAAAAUCAUUUUUGCCUGUUAACUACAUAAACAUUACCGUCUAUAUGCCUACUCUGUAUACAAAAUCUUCUUAUUUUCGGCCGUGUUUAUUCAUUUUAGUUUUAUUUAAGAGGGAUUGGUGUUGAUUAAUAAAACACAUGGUCAAAUAGCCAGAAUUGGGACCUUUUUGAAGUGUGCUUUAUACAUUAAAGAGAAGUAAAAUGUAUUUCACCUUCUUCGACACCAGUUACAUCACAAAUGUCUAAGUUAUAUUUAAUGCAGUAGGCGGGGGGCGGGCUUGUCCUAAUUCUCAGCUUCCACCUAGCCUCAACGUUGCCUCAGUUUUUCAGUCCACUUCAGACUGCAUUUAAUAUUCUUUUUCAGAAUGGACUGGAUCGCCCAAAUUCAAAUCCCACACAAUUUUUGGAUGACGUCCGAUCAGAUUUCUGAAAUUCUGUUGAAUUAAAAAAAAAAAAAAAAAGUCUUGAAAGGCUGCAGUAGGUAGGAGUAUAAAAGUUGAAAAAAAAAUGGCCAGCUGGAAGAGAACUACCAGAUUUCUGCCUUAUUAAAAACAAGACUGAGACUUUUCUGCCACCUGUUGCAGAAUUGACAUCCAGGCUAUUUAGACGAAAUAAGAAGGAGAAACCACAGACUUUGAAACCGGCCCAGAAAGUUUCAAAUUGCCUCUUUUGUCUUGCGUUUUUUUAACAUCAUGUUAACUGAGUUAACGGCUGCCUGCCGUUUAGACAGUCAAGACAGUGGUCUGUGGAAGGAGGGCAGUUAUAAAGUGAUUAAGUGCUUUAACCUUCAGUCUGCACUUGAUAUUCUAAACCAGUUAUUCAAAUCUCUUUGUCCAAUGUCAGCCAUGACAACACGGGGUGAGUGGCUACUACAGAGGGGUGUGCGUACUGUAUGUGCUGUAUGAAGCAUCAUUUACCUGUCACUUCCUAAAGAGGACAUAGUUUAUAAAUAUCGUCCAGUGGAGCUGAGGCUUGGGGCUACAAAAGGCUACGCACAAUCUCCCCAUUGUUCACUGGCAUCACUGUUGGACUGACCUCCCAGCUGCUCAGCCAUGGCCCCCAAGAAAGCCAAGAAGAGGACAGCAGAGGGAGCCAACUCCAAUGUGUUCUCCAUGUUUGAGCAGGCUCAGAUCCAGGAAUUCAAAGAGGCCUUCACCAUCAUGGACCAGAACAGAGACGGCUUCAUCGACAAGAACGACCUGAGGGACACUUUUGCUGCUCUAGGACGUCUCAACGUGAAACAGGAAGAGAUCGAUGACAUGCUCAAAGAGGCUCCAGGCCCAGUCAACUUUACCGUCUUCCUCACCAUGUUCGGUGAGAAGCUGAAAGGUGCUGAUCCAGAGGAGACCAUCCUCAACGCGUUUAAAGUCUUCGACCCCGAGGGGAAAGGUGUGCUGAGGAAGGACUACGUGACACAGAUGCUAACGACACAAGCCGACCGAUUCUCCCCUGAAGAGAUGGAGCAGAUGUUCGCUGCCUUCCCCCCAGAUGUGGCAGGGAACCUGGACUACAAGAACCUGGUUCACAUCAUCACCCACGGAGAGGAAAAGGACCAGGAGUAAACCUUUUAGUACGCCUUUUUUGCCCGUAUGUGAGUCGAAGCUGGCCCACUGCACUGGAAGGAGACGUGGACUGUGGUGUAUUUAAGCAUCUUUAUUUUUUACUCACUCAAGAGCACAAGAGGAUCAAGACUAAAUGUUCCAGGCCCCCAAAACGGACAAAUCAGCAGCAUCCACCUAGUGAGCUGUCUUGCUCCCUUUCAGCUUUUUUCCACAUUAUGUUCCCGACUAAUGAAAUUAUUCUUCCUCAUCAUUUUAUACACUCAAAACCACCUUUACCUUUCAUAGAAAAUGCGUUAGGUCUGUGCAUGUUCGUCUAAUAAAAGUUUUUGAAA